AUGUGGCAUAAAGCUAUGUUCGUUGUCACGGCGCUGGCCUUGAUGUUCUUUUCAGGCAUCAAUGUCGUGGCCGCUACAGGUGGAAUUGCAAACCUCAACACCGCUGAGACUCCCACUGAAGCCACCUUCAGCAACGGUCUUUCCAAGCGUAACUUCUCCAUUGGCCCUCACCUUGCUCCCAGAGACUUCCCCCACGACAAUCCCCUCAAUAUCACCGAAGAGGAGGCCCUCAAGCACGGCCACAAGGUCAUCCCCGUCAACAAAGAGAUCUGGGCCCACCUCGUCAAGACCGCCGGCCUCGACCGCAAGCGCGAGACCAUCGAGUACAACCCUGAGCAGCACGACGAAUCUCUCUCUAGCAUCGGCAAGCGAGUCCCGAGAUGCGGCGAAAACUACGACCUCGAGAAGGAACCCCCUGACCCGCAAAACUGGUGUACUCCAAGCCCGAUUGUCGGCGACUGCCAGCUCGGUAUCUGGUGCCAGGCCGACUGGCCGGGCUGGAGGCAGUGGCCUAGCCGCGGCUGGGUCUUCAACAACGCCUGCCAGCUUUUCGGAGAGAACGUGCCUUUCCAAUGGGGCGACUGGCAGCCAAUUUGCAGUCCCCUUCCCUACGUCACUCUCUUCUUUGCCCACAAGGACCGCUGGCCUCACAUGGCGUACGGUGGCAAAUACUACAACAGCUACGCCCCAGGAUGGGAGAUUUACUAUCCCGAAUCGCCGGAGGGUGGCCCUUUCCCGGCUAGCUACUACUAUCAUCGUACCUUUGAUUGCUCGAUGAAGCCGAAAAAGGGCAGUCGAAUGCUGGAGUUUGUUCCUCUGCACGACCGAUACCUCGAUCACACGCCCUCAGCAAUGGGAGGAAUGAGCAAAGAUUGGCUCUAA